GACCACGUUCCUGCACCGCCGUUCAAGUUUCCUCGGAACGAUCGCUACACGAAUCCUUUCAGGUCCAGAUCACCCACAAUCUGUCCCGCUGUAUAUAUUUUUGUCUAAUAAAGUUAAAAGAAGUGAAAAAAACGCGAAAAAUAAACUAAUUGUUUCAAUCAAAACAAAUUAUGAGUUUGACAGAUGACAGAAAAAGAAGAAGAAGAACCUAAAAAGAGAGGUUGAUGCGCGUCCGAUUUUCCACCUUUACGUCGUUCUUACAUCGGCCCCGCAUGUAGGCCUCUGGCGAUGUUCGAACAACCUUGACAGGUUGACGUUUCGGGUGCAAAACACCUUGAUUCGGGUCUGAUGCGUGUCUCAAACUCAGACCCGCAUCGGCCCCUGUAGGCCUGAUCGUCGCUCUUACGAUCAGACCCGAUCGGCCCCGUAUUUCUUACUGGGAUGUGGUAAAUGCUUUGGUGGAUUUUUGACACUUCGAAAUAUUUCAUCUAUUUGAUUUUGGUUAGCCGCGGUAAAAUUUCUUGAAAUAUUUCGAACUGUCAAAAAACCACCAAAGCAAAAAAAACACAAAAAACUGUGGUAGUGAACAUUGAAGAUAAAAAUUACGCCCAAAAUGUGUCACAGCUACACAUUGGAUGUGUCGAUUUUACACAUCGGUCUGGUUUUUGCCCCAAAAUCCAUCCAAUGUGUAAACUUUUUUGCGACUGCUGCACAAAGUUGCCGCCAGGUGCGGGCAGGUCGCGAGCUGUCAAACUGUUAGAGUUUUUUCGCAGCGUGGUUCACUUUUCGGUUUCGUCCGGGAUUAUUAUAUUUUAUGUUCGAUCUAUUUGGCCAGCGGAAUAAACUUGGUUCCUGGACGAAGAUUUACUUUUCGGACCGGAUUUCCGGACAACCUCAGUAUUCAGAGGGUAAGAUUUGAUCACAACUUUUGUGGGUUUGUUUUGAUUCUUUAUUUUUUUUUAGGUUAGCACUUUUCCAGUGUCCAGUUUGAGUGCAGCUGCUUCUCCUACUAGCACAGGUUCUCUGGAUCUGUACCACCGCCAACGUGUCCACAAUCCACACUUCGGGCGGCUCGGUCAGCCGAAUUCGAGCUGGAAUCCGCUACAAGUGCCUGCGUACACCCAACUGGCAGUCGCAUGAUUGUGAUGCAUGGCGGCAUGAAAGUAUAUCAGAAUCUGCAUGAAAACUGUCCUCAUGCAUUUUUUGCGAUAUAGGGGUAUGACAUUUUUGCCCGUUACCGACAAUUAUCGACAUUACCGACGGCUGUUUGGUUGUAUUUCACGAAAAAAAAACCCUUAACAGAACGAGGAUUGAACCACCAACUUCUUGGUUAUUAAUCCGACACGCUACCACCGCGCCAUGGACGCUUGAUGAAAAGUGAGUGAAAGAGCACCAACAUAUGCUUCUCUUUGGAGUGUUGCUCGGGGACGGGCCAGCGUUAUAUGUGUUGGUGAGAACUGCAGAUCGCUAAAAUGUUUACACGCGGGCAAAAAUGAUCUAGGGGCUUGCUGCAAAAAAUGUUACAAAAUAUGACAUUUUCUGCAGCAAAUCCACUGUUGCAGAUUUUGAGAUAUAUUUUUCCUUUGGGUGUACAUUCCGCAACAGCCUCAGCUGACGCACAAGUCGAUGGCGCGGUCAAAGCUCACGUGGCACACCCCGCCCAACCACCAGGACCAGCUGUAAAACUUUAUGUCCGCAAACCACAAGAACGUGAGUGUUUUGUGUUUGAGUUUAUUGGAUUUUUGUUUGACACCGAUUUAUUUCUUUCGAUCGCAGAAUGUUGAAAUCAACCCGAUACUGCCAACGUUUAGUCGUAGUUCCGGUAUGCCGCUGGGCUCGGUCGUCGGCGGAACGGAGUCGCGCUUUCUUCUUGACGCUGAACAACUCAACGUCAAUGGCCGCGACCAACAAUUUGUGUCCAAGCAACAACAAGUUCGAGGGCGCGGUCCUACCACCGACCCUACCGGAACGAUCCCCGCAGAGAGCGGUUAAAGCUGGCAACGACCGUGCGCGAUCCGCCAUCGAUCAGCUGCUGUUCCAGUGGGCGGACAAGAUCGAGUUCGAGUCGAGUCCGGCCGCCCGCGAGCGAAAGGUACGAAGCGUCUACUCCAUCUUCCGCAUUCCGACGACCGCCAAGCAACCGUCCCGGUCGCCGCACGCUAUGUUGAAUUCCGAGGAGCAAUCGGGACGGGAGACCAAGAUCAGUAGGAACCGAUCGACCGCGGUGGUGGUGUUGGACUACCAGCGGACGGGCAAGCGCACCCUCAUCAAGACUACGACACGGCAGACGUACUUUUUGCUCGUGAUUGGCCUGGUCGUUCCGGAGAAGCUCAAUCCGGGCAAUUAGGUGAGAGUGAACAAGGACUCGUACGUCGUACCUCAUCCUGGAGACACUUCCAGCCGAGUAUGACGCGCGCGUCAAGGCGAUGGAGGCGGAAGAAUGGCCCACCGAGCAGUACUCGGACAUUGGCGGGUUGGACAAGCAAAUCCAGGAACUGAUUGAAGCCGUCGUGCUGCCGAUGACGCACAAGGACAUGUUCAAGAACCUGGGAAUUCAUCCAAAGGGAGUGCUGCACGCUUUCGGCUGGUACAUGUGUGGCGCAAACAAUGUUGACCUUCCUGAAGCUGGCCGGCCCGCAGCUGGUGCAGAUGUUCAUCGUUCAUCGGAGACAGUGCCAAACUCGCCCUGGACGCAUUUACACUAUCCAAGGGAAAGUCGCCGACGAUUGAAAAAAAAGUUUCUUUGAUUUUCUUUUUAUUUAUUUUUUUUUGUAUUGUUGAAUAUGAUGAAAAAAAAAAUAAUCAUGAGACAACGCGUUGCGUUGCGUACGAUUGCAAAUUAUUUGCCGAAUUUGUCAUUUGUCUGACCAUUUGCAGAAGCACCUUAAAGUUGCACGCGGGAUCCUUCUGCUGGAGGAUUUUGUAAAUAUCCACAUUAUUGGCCUUCACUUGAACUCCAUCCUCAAUUUGACAAUUUGACUUGGACGUUUGAGUCCCGUUACUCACUGAUCGACACUCUUUUCAAUCGCAACUUACGACGUCCUCCGCUGAUACGUACGAAUUGCCUCCAGCGAACAAUCUCGAAUGCCGCGUAGCCUCAACGCGUGGUCAAUUCCCGACUUCGCUGGCGUUCGCCGUACAGCAGCCAAAACGGUUGCUCCUCACCGUCAAACUGAACCAUCCCCUUCCGCUCCGGACACUUCAUCAGCUUGUUCAGCUCGUGUAUGUGGUUGUGGUUGUCGAUUGAU